AUGACAGUCGAGCGCAGCGCGAUGAGCAAGGCAUCGAAUCUGAAGAGAACGCUGAUUCCAGUCUUGGCAGAGCUAGAAUGCGACGGCGUGGGCAACUUUGAAGUCAAGAGCGAGCGCUUCUCAGUCGGCAGGGGCCAAAACUCAAACAUGCCCAUCGCCAGCUCCAACUUAGUCAGCAGAAAACACAUCGAGUUUUUACGCGAUCGCGAGAAGGGAACUUUCAAUUUGGUCUGUAACGGGAAGAAUGGAAUCUUUGUCGAUGGCAUUUUCCACAAAACGACGUUACCCGAUGGCCAGCCGAUCGAGCUCAAAGAAAGUUGCCUGGUGCGCUUUCCUUCCACGAAAAUUCAAAUCCGUUUCAAAUCGCUUCUGAAUCGAAGUGGCGAGAGCCAACAGAAGCAACUUGCGCUGACAAAACAGGAAGUGCCCGAAAGCCCGUCCGGAUUCGCCGGCCAAAAAGAAGAGUCCCACGAUGCUUUGGACAAUAUUGUCGCGAAUGAAGACUCAUCGAUAAACGACGAAAAUAGCGGCGCAAAAUUUAGAAAAAAAUACCCGUCAGAAAAUGAAAAUUCCGAAUCAAAGCCUCCCUAUUCCUAUGCACAGCUUAUUAUUCAGGCGAUUUCUUCUGCUGAAGAGCAUCAACUAACCCUAGCGGGAAUUUACCAGUACAUCACGAAAUUCUACCCCUACUACAAAAACUGCGACAAAGGAUGGCAAAACUCAAUCCGCCACAAUCUCAGUCUCAAUCGAUACUUUAUAAAAGUGCCGAGAGGCCAAGAAGAGCCUGGAAAAGGGAGCUUUUGGAGAAUCGACCAAGGUUGCGAAUCAAAGCUCAUUGAACAGGCCUGGAGAAAGCGAAGCAAGGGCAAAUUUGAUGGAGAGCCUCUUUCGAAGAGAUACAAGGACGAAACUCCUCCAGCUGCUAUCAGCUCAUCUCCACAGCCCGUGCAGCCACAACCGACCCAACAAGUCGUUUAUCAGCAAAAACCAGCCGCGCCCCAGCCUCAAAUUCUCAGAACGGCAAAUGGACAACAGCUGCUUCUGGUUCAAGACAACGGAGGAGGAGGAGCUCAACAAAUGAUGGUCCAGCGGGAGCCGCCAAAGCAAAGACCCCAAGUCCAACAAAUUCAAAUUCCAGCGUCGAUGGCAGGCCAGCAGCUGGUAGUCGCCCAGAUGCCUGACGGGAGGCAGCAAAUCUUUGCCCUUCAGGGAAACCAAGGCACGCCCGUGCAGCUUGUGCAGCAAGGUGGUCAAAUCAUGCAACAGAUUGUGCAAGCUGGUGUUCAGCAACAAGCGGGCACGCAAUUGAUCAUGACCUCGGGCGGGUUGAAACAAGUUGUCCAAGCCCAGCCAGCGCCCCAGCGAACGAUUCAGCCGCACCCGGCAGCGACUACUAGAAUUGUUCAGCGCCAAGCAACGCCUCCCGCAGCAACAGCAGCGGCUACUGCUCCUACCCCGGCGACGACGGAAAGCGAGAGUUUGAUGCCGAAUGAGGAACUCAACGGCAUCGACUCCGAACACACCCUUGGCACAGAGGCAGGAAUCGAAGACAGCGCCCCUGUGGAUUCAGCCUUGGAAUCUUCCGAAAAUGUUCCCGUAGACGAUCCUCCCGUUCACGAAGAAGUGGUGCAGGAAGAAAUCGUUCAGGAGAAUCUAGAAAACGCGGAAAGUAACAGCGAACCAACCGAGUAA